AUGUCAAAUCAACCAUCCAGCUCAUCCGCUUCGGAGAGCAUCCGUCGAUCCAAACGGAAGAGAAGCGAAUUUGAUGUGGUAGCCGCCGCCAACGGUAAUAACCAGAAAAAGAGCAAGCAAAUGUUAGACUUCGACGAUUCGGAUACGGAUUUGGAUGAAGACAAAUAUGAGAGCACGGACACCCCGGUGAUGAGAGCGUUGCUCAGAAACAGCAGAACGGAUGACAGUGAGGAGAGAAAUCGGAAGCACAGUGGAGAGGAGAACACGGAGACGAGCGCCUCCAGAAUGCCGCUUGUCAAACCGGAGAUCAGAACGGUUAGUCAUCCAACAGUAGAGAUGUGUCCUAAAACAGAUGUAGUUAGAAACGUAGCGGGUUUGAGUCAAUCAGAAAAGCGCCGAGAGCGAGAGGGUCCCCGAUGGUCACAGUUGUAAGGCCCGGGCCAGAAAAAAACUUCAGAAAAGAGAGCCUUCCCUUACAAUGUAAAACGUCAUCGUUUAAAAAAUCAUCUUUGUUUCAGAAAUCUGGAAGGCACGAGUGCCCGAAAUGCCCAGCCCACUAUGACAACGUGCGUGGUUUGGCGAAUCACAAGAAGAUGCACUCUGAAAAAAAAAGAGCGUUUGUAUGCACAGUCUGCGACUUUUCCUCGGUCACAGAGAAGUACCUGAAAAAGCACACCGUUCUGCAUCAGCCUUCCGCAGAGGUGGUCGCUUUGAAAUCUCUGCUCCGAGCGCCCGGAAGCAGAAAACCGUUCCCACCGUCCGUCAGCUUCCAAGACGACUGUAAAGCUGCUUCCCCGUCUCCGCCAGGGUCCCAGCCUGUUGAGCUGCUCCCCGCCGAUGCUGAUGGUAAUGUCGAGUGCCUGGAAGAGCACCUCGUUGUGAAUCAGGCCAAAGCCGAUCCAAGUGUGACGGGCAGUACGGAGGGAAGCUCCGACCCAACUCCUAGUGCAUUUUCUUCCGCAGAAGUGGUCCCGUCAAUGUCUGCGAUUCGAGCGCCUGGAAGCAGGAAGCCGUUCCCACUGUGCAUCGAUUUUGAAGACGACUCUGAGGAUGAUACCCCGACUCCGCCAGAGAACCAGCCAGUUGAGCUGCUCCCCGCGCAAGCUGAUGAUCAUGUCGCAGAAGAUGAUGCUGAUAGACAGGAAGAAGUUGCGGUGAGAAGAUCAACUCGAACGUCUCACCAGAUUGUGCAAAUUCCCGCUGCAAGAGUGAUCAAGAAGAGAGAGAAGACUGUCCGGAAGCCAAAAGCCGUGUUGGAUGAUUUGCAACUGCCGGAGUCGUCUUUGCCUGUUUCUUCCGCACCUGUGAAACCACAGAAGAAGAUUAGAUCCGCAGUGUUGAUGAAACAAAUGGUUGCGGAAAUGAUGAAAACGUCGAUGUCGGCGAACAGACAUGAAACCAUUAGUAAGUCAAUUUUGUUUUAUUCGACGGGCACACAAUAGCAUUUCAGUUCACAAGCAUCAGUGCAAAGAGUGCCCCUACGGAUCGUCGAUCGAGAAUGAGCUCCGUGAUCAUCAGCUGUCGCACACUGGACCAUCUGAUGCUCGCCCUUUCAACUGCUCUGAUUGCUCAUUUGCCGUCAAUGAUGCCGCCAUUCUGCUCAACCACGUCGCGUUACACGAUAACGAGUCCGGGCGGCCAGUCGAACCAAUGUCUGCGGAGCGAGAUGAUGGCCGCGUCCACUGUAAAAACUGUACGUUCUCCGCUGUAUCUGCCGAGAAGCUUGCGCUUCACGCUGCUCUGCAUCGGCAAGACCUCGUUAACACCCUGAACUUGGUAGUUAUGAAAAAGCUGUCGGCUCGGCAAUUCCAACAGCAAAAGAUGUGCCCGUCCAUCAACAAGACUUCCUGGUCGCUAUGGGUGAGGACGGCGAAGCCGAAGGCAUGCAAAAGUUGCGUUUUCGAAUGCUACAUGCAAAGCUCAUACGUCGAGCACAUCGAUCGGCACGGAUAUCGUCAGAAGCACAUGUGCACCGUAUGCGACUACUCCGACAACAGCAAAAUUUUGGUGGAUUUCCACGAGAAGUAUCAUCACUCGAAACAAAUGGUAAGAUCACUUCGAAUCGUUCCCAACUCUAUUCCCUUAUUUCAGGCGAGAGGACCUGGAACUGGAGCCGUUCUCGACUGCAUGUUCUGCAGAUUCAAGUGCGACGAGAAGAAAAGUCUUGCUCACCACAUCACCGUUCAUCACGGACGCGCUCCUGGAGGCCACGAAAUCGCUCUCACUCUGCUCAUGCCAUUGCUUUGA